AUGGCGCACAACCAUGGCGGAGGAGCGACGCCCACGGGAGAUGGCGUGCCGACGUACUUUGAGAUGCAGCGGAUGUACUGGGCCGUCGUCGGGACAGCAAUCGGCGUCGCUACGGCGUGCAACAUACUCAACAAGAUAGUCGCAGUGCAGAGAUUCACUGACACAACAAGGACACCGGCAAAGCCCAAGUCGCUCUUCUUCAGCGUCUAUGCGACGCUCACGGCCAUGACGAGAGAGUACUCGUCCGCGACCCUCAGCCCGCUGAAGAUGGGACGGUGGGAGUUCCAGCCGUCGCUGCUCGGGAGGGUCAGCCUUGCCCUGGCCAACUUCAUCGCCGUCAUGGUCUUCUGCUUCUACAAGCUCAACACCAUGGACCAGUGGUCGUGGGAGACCGUUGGGUACCGCACCGGCUUCAUGACCGUUGCCCAGCUUCCACUCAUCCUGCUGCUGGCCGGCAAGAGGAACAUCAUCGGCUUUCUGACGGGCUCCAGCCACGAACGGCUUAACUGGCUGCAUCGAUGGACUGCCAGGACGCUCUGGAUGUCGGCCACCAUACACAUGGGGUUCUGGUUCCGCAGCUGGGGACGCUUCAACUACAUUGCGACAAAAGUCAGGACGGAUCCCAUUACGCAGAGAGGGAUAGCAGCCUGGUCGAUACUCACUUUCAUCCUCUUUGCAACUCUCUCGCCUGUGAGGCGCUGGAGCUACGAACUCUUCUUCCUCUCGCAUGUGGUUACUUAUGCUGGCUUCAUUGCUGCCGCAUGGCUGCACGCUGAGCCCGAAGUCAAGAUGUGGGUUUGGGUGUCCAUUGCUCUCGUGGUCUUUGAUCGAGCUGCCAGGUGGGUGAUGAUGGCCUGGUCGAACCUCGCUCUUUUCUCCAGGUCAUCCUCCUCCCAUAACUCACCGUGGGCGAACUAUGCCACCUUCACCCCCUUGGCUGGAAACGUCACCAGAGUCACCAUCCGCAACCCAGUCAUAUCCUGGAAACCGGGCCAGCACGUCUUCCUCUCUAUUCCAACUCUCCUCCCCUUCCAAAGCCACCCAUUCACCAUCUCUUCCCUCCCAUCAGACAACAAGAUAGAAUUCCUCAUCCGGGCCGAGGCGGGUGCUACACGAACUAUCCACAACCAUGCAGUAAAAUGGAACACCGCCAUCGACUCGGACUCAUCUCGUCUCGUUGCUCUAGACGGCCCAUACGGCGCCAUCAGGCCCCUUCGCCAGUUCGACAGCGUCAUCCUCUUCGCAGGCAGCAUGGGAGCAACUUUCACCAUCCCAUUGCUGCGUGACAUUGUAGAGGGCUGGAGGGCAGAAAGCAACGGCGGUUCCGUCCCUAUCACCAAACAUGUCCAUUUCGUCUGGGCCGUACGCUCUCACUCGCACAUCUCAUGGUUCCAGAAAGAGCUGGAGUCUCUCAUGCGGGACAUGGAAGGCUGCCACUCAACCAACUCCAAAUUCAAGCCUACUUUCGAAAUAAGCAUAUACCUCACCUCAGACCCUCAUAUGUCCGCCACCAGCCCUUCGUCUCACGGCACCGGUCUACAUAUACAACGCUCCCCCUCGACAAAUUCGGAUUCCUCUCAGACAACUUCUCUUUCUCCCCUGGCUUCCUGGGAAAAAGGUCCAUCUUCCAAAUCUCCUGUCUGUCUUAAGACUGGUAGGCCGAAUAUCGACAAUAUCAUUCUCUCGGCGCUAGAGGUGGCGGAGGGUGAGAGUGCUGUCAUCGUAUGCGGUCCCAGCGGGCUAAGUGCAGAUGUCAGACGCAAUGUCGUCUCUUUAUCUGAUGAACGAGCAGUACACAAGGGUACAGGGGCCCAGGGUAUAUAUCUCCAUGUCGAGGAGUUCGGUUUUUAA